UAAAACAUAAUUUUAUACAGUACUAUAAUUUUUUUUUUUUGAUAAUUACAACACUGACGAUUUUUUUUACUACAAAAAUAGAACUAUAAGCUGCAAAAAUUAAGGAGCGUCGUAUAGCAGCAAACAAUAGCAAGAAAGAUGGAACUUACUGUCAAAGCACUAUUUUUAUGUGCAUUUUGUAUUAUUAAUACAAAUGCGAUGUUUUAUAAGGAUAAAGACGGUAAAUGUGGUGCGAUAUCGGAUAAUAAUAUGAUAGUCUAUGAUCUGCAGGUUGUAAGUUGCGUAUUCGUUCAAAUAUCUGAAAUAGAAGUAACAGGCAAUACAUUGACAUUUAUAAUGAAAAAUCCCGACCUAGCGGGCUUUUUGAGAAUGGAAUUAACUAAAACUGAGCAAAUGUUAAUUAGUCCUGAUACACCAAUUACUUUUGCUCGAAGAGGACGUGGGGAUGAUCGUGAUCAUUGGAAUAAUGAGGAGACUAAAAAACUAAGAGAAUAUAUUCCGGAAUUUAAUAAUUUUACAUUGUACCACAAUUACAAUAGUCGAGCAGCUAUUGCUCUUUAUCAAAUGGGUUCAAAUUUUAUUGUGGAAGGAAAUAUCGGUGGUAAGAUACUCAGAUAUGUACAAGACUUUCAUAAUAAUGAAAUUUUGUACGCUUAUGCCCAAAUUGCAGCACUCGAUAGACUGGCUCUUCAACGAGAAUUCUAUUUGGAUCCAUAUACACAAGAAUAUUACAAUUUAGGAUCUAAUUUCGAACGUGUCCAUAUAAAUAUACUACCUGUAAUAGAUGGCAGAAUUCUUAAUUAUGGAAUUGCGCCACCACAGGAUUUAUUGAGACCCAUCAUAUUGUAUUAUAACUACAUUGAUAUGUUAUUCGGAAUUUUUUCAUCACCAAUAAUUUCAUUUACUAUUAAAGGAAUUGUUAUACCAGCCGGAGAUAAAUUUAUGCCUUAUGUUGAUGACGACGACUCAGUCGACACGACUAUUUAUAUGAGUGACAUGAAUCGUGGAAUAAUGGAAAUGGUGAAUAACCAGGUCUCUGAAUUUGAAUUGACUUCCAAUGAUAUAGUGAUAUUUAUGGCAGGGCGACGAGUAUUCGACGAUGUAAGCGUAUCAGAUGGAGCAAUACCGUCUAUGACUUUCUUCAAACAUUCAAUUUGUGAAGUUACUAACCAUCCAUUAGUUAUGUUUUCACUAUAUUCAGAGUUCCAUAAUGACUAUUUGCUCUGGCAUUUAAUAUCUAAAUUCGUGACGACGAGCAGUAUUAAGUAUCAGCUUGAAAAAUGCCCAGAAUUUCCGGAAGAAUAUACAAGAAUGCAGGGUAGAUUACGAACUUAUUUACCGUGGAUGUCGAAAUGCAUUGCCGAUAUGAUGACCCAUUAUUUCUUGACUCAUGACUGUUCUGCCUUCAAUAAAAACAAACCAAGAAGUCAUUAAAGUCAUACAUUAACAUAAAUAACUCGUUCCAAACUACGGAUAAGUGAUAUUUGUUACUGUCUUCAUAUUUUUUGUUUUUUACUGUAACUAAUAGUUUACUAGAUAUUCUUUUGACUAUACGAAAUAAAAUAAUACAAAAUGA